AUGUUUUUAAAGGCAUUUCGAGUUAAAUCCAAUACUGCAAUUCGAGGUUCCGAUCGGUAAGUUACAGUUCCAUAAAAUUUAUCAAAAAUCCUUUCUUUCACUUGGUUUUGUGGUUUUGAUAACAGAUUACAUUAAGCUUAACUGUGUAUACAUUUUUUAUUGUCAGACGGAAACUGAGAUCAGAUGUUAGUAAUAACUUCCCCAGUUUGUCACAAGAUGAAAUAUCGGAACUAAUACCAAACAAAGAGGAGAUUUCAGUGAUGCGUUUAAUGACUCACUCUGGACAGAAUAUCACAGUAUUUUGUCUUAGUGGAGAGCCAAUAUUCUUUGAAGUGGAGAAGAGAGUGAUCCCCACAGGUAACACUAAUCCCAGGGAGGUACUUCCCACAAUAGUCUAAAGUGAGGCUCCAUCCAAUAGGGGUACUUCUGUGUUUGAGCUUUCGGUAAAAUGGGACAUUCCAUUUUCUUAUCUGCCCGCCCCCACUAUGGAAGCCAUGCCGUAAAAUUCCAAAAAUAAGCCCAUCCAUGCAUAAGCCCCUCCAAAUACAAGUCCCCCAAACCAGUAACGCAAAAAACCCUCCAUUCAAUCACCCCUCCAAAAUUAUAUAAGCCCCCCAGGAGCUUGUACUUGGAAAAGUGCCCUCAAAUACAAAGUAAAACCAAGCAAAAACGGUAAAUUUACUUCCAACCAUAAGACUAGCCCAAUCGAUUUUGAAAUGCAAAUUUCCCUCCAUAGAUAAGCUCCUCGAAAAAUAAGCCCCUCAAGAAUGGUCUUUGAAAAAUAUAAGCCCUGGGCUUCUUUUCAGAAUUUUACAGUAAUUUAAAAGUAUUCAGAAGGAUCCAGUCAGAAUCUGAUAUUUUAAUUACAACUGUCGGAAUUGCUGCUUGCUUGGAUUACUACAAGGCCCGUGGGAAUUGGGAGAUAAGGGACCUGUAGGAAUCACAAUUUACGUGAUAAGGGCCUAUCAGAAUCCUGCCCUUCAUACUUUGUGGUGAGAAAAGGACCUGUAGGAAUCGCCAUUUAAGGGAUAAGGGCCUGUCAUAAUCAUUCUUUCCAUAGGGUUGGGGGGGGGGGUAAAAAUAGAAUGUCCCAAUAAAAGGGUAGUGAUUUUACCAGCUGAAGUUUGUGAAAGGGUAGGAAAAUCUCUCAUUUGUUUAAACCUUUAAGCCCCGAUGUCCACAGACCUAUUUUAUUCUUCUUAAGGAGUGAUAAGAAUCAAUAAAGUGGUGACCAAUGAAAAAAAUUCUUUGAUCUUUUCAGGGCUCGAAAUAACGGCCGGUCAACGGACAAUGUCCGGACUGAUUGAGGAGUUGACCAGUCAACUUUUCGUCUUGCCGGUCAUGUUGACCGGUCACAAUGGAUCAUAUUGAAAAUGAAAUCAGUUGUUUCAAUUGUUAUCAGUAUAUAGCGAGUCGCUGUGCAUUGCGAAACGUUGAUCUGAAAUCCUGGGUGAAAUACAACUACAACCAUUGUUUAUGAGUUAAGCAACAACUUAAGGGCGUCUGAUCGGUCGCGGAGAAAAAAGUCAAGUUUCGCGGGAUUUUUAGAGAGAUUCGCAGAAAAAUCGGCUGAUAUCGCGGGAAUUUCGCGGAAAUUUUCGCGACUAACUUCGCCGAAAAACAAUAGAUAAAAACGGCCGAUUUCGUGGGAAUUUCCUGGACAAAUUUCGCUACAAAUCGAUUGAUUUUGUGCUGAUUAGACGAGCAUGUUUAAAGUUUUUAACAGAGAUAAUCACUUGCUAUUUUAACAACAAAGCGCCGAGAAAUGAGCCAAUGUCAAAGCUUUUUAAAACAUCAUAACUAGUGCCCAGUUGUCCCCAACAUAACUUAUGCCUGGUAGUUUUGGAAUGUUGUUCGCUCGUUGUGGGGAUGAAGUUGACGGCAAUCAACAGCCCCAAUAGCCGAGAUAAGUUUCAAAUAUGUUGUAUCGACAUGUAUUAGAUAAGAUUUCUAACAAAUUUUGCGGCCCCUCUACCCCGCGAAAUAUCUGAACCCACAGCUGUUUUUUAGCCCUUGUUUUAAGAUUUAUUUAUCUCAUAAAUUUGACCGGCCAGAAACGAUAAGUGACCGAGUUAAAAUGAAUUUGGCCGGUCAUCGUGUCUGAAGGUUCUCCAGAAAUUAUUUCGAGCCUUGCUUUUGGUAAAUUCUCUCAAAUAAUUCCUCAAGGAAAUGUAUCAAAGCAUUUUCCUUUUGGUAAUUAUUUUAUUAAUUCUUAUAACCUUCCCCUUGAUUGUCUGUUGAUAUGGUUAGGAGAAAAUUGAUGUUGGUCACUAUUGGGGCAUUAUUAAAGGCUUCAUGCAAUUGUUCCCUUUUAGAAAAGGGAUGCAGUGUUUAAAGGAGGUAUGGGGUAGGGGUACCUUUUUUCAAGGAAGAAGGCAUAUGGAUACCGUAAAAUUCCGAAAAUAAACCCCGGGGCUUAUAUUUUUCAAAGGGCCCUUUUGAGAGGCUGAUUUUCGUAGGGGCUUAUGUAUGGACGGAAAUUUGCGCUUCCAAAUCGAUUGGCCUAACUUAUAGUUGGAAGGAAAUUUACCAUUUUUGCUUCGUUUUACGUUGUAUUUGAGGGCAAUUUCCAAGUACAAGUCCCCGGGGGCCUUAUAUUCAGAGGGGCGAUUUCACAGAAGGCUUUUUGUGUUAUGACUUUGCGGGGCUUAUAUUUGGAGGGGCUGAUACAUGGAGGGUCUUAUUUUCGGAAUUUUACAGUGUAUGAAAAGGGAACUUGUUAAAAAUGGUGAAAGGGAGAAGGGUCACUUAGACCUCAAGGCACAGCUUCCACCCUAACCUCCUUCCCCCCACCACUACCACUUCCCCAGACUAUGACUGUAUUACAUAAAGUAGGUUUUUAGCAAGUGAAUUUUGUGGAGUUUAUGAUUGUACACUGGAUUUAUUGCCUCAAAAGUUUUUCACCUUUUUUUUCUUGGGUUCUAAUCCUGGUAACCUAAGCUAAAAUUUAUUAUAGUAGUUAAACCACUGAGAAAAGAAUUUCACUAUUAGCAUAUAAAAGUAGGCGGCUUGUUAUCUGAAUGCCAUAAGCAAUUUCAGGUUUUCACUCUCUCUAUUUUAGCCUGUUUUUUAGCCCUGUGCUGGCACUUAAGGAGAACCCUGUGCAACAUCAGUAACAACUGACUCCAAGAAAAAGAACUGUUAAUUAAACAUUUUUUAAUGCUCACACUCUACAGACUACUGGAAUUCACACAGAGCUUUGCCUUGUACAAAAUAUUAAUCAGGACAAUAGCAAAAUAUGAUAAAUGAAAUGAUAUGUGUGGAGAGAAGAACAUAGAAAAAAAUUCUGAGUUGCAGAUGAGAGUUAAACCCACGACCAAUUCCAUGCAAGUAGUGAGUAGGUCAGUUGUGGGCUGACAUAACUACUGCAUUGCGCAGUCACAUUAUGUGAAGUAAACACACAAUAUUUACUGCAUCUCGCAGUCACGUAAAUACUCUAUGAGCAAUGAAUAAUAAAUGAAGUGAUAUGUUUGGAGAGAAACAAAAUACUGUGCAAUACCUCUCUGUAAAAUGACAUCGCUGUAGAAAGUCAUGGACAAUUAAUAUGCUUUAUAUCCUGUAUGAAAGAGAUGAAGGGAAGGGCUGUGCUGAGAAUGGUCUCCCCUCGCCCUCCUUAUACACCCACCAUGUGGGGUAAUGGUACUAGAAACACCAGUACCAAAGAAGUAUUUUGAUGAUCCACAUUCUCUCAGUGAUCAAUUUUUUUUUUUCAUUCUCUAGUUUAUACGCUCUGGAAGUUCCCUGACUUGCUGCUCAGCUUCACAACAUGGCCACCAGUUUUGGAAAAACUUAAAGGAGGGGCAGGUGUGUGUAUUGUUGGGUUAUCUGAUUUAAGAUUUUACCUUUAUGCUGCCUUUUAUCCUUAGGAAUGAGAGCAGGUUUAAGCUGUUCUCUGAUCAGGUCGUACAGGUCAUGGAAAACCUGGAAAAACAUGAAAUUUAAGCAUUUCCUUUUCCAGACCUGGAAAGUCAUGGAAUGUAAUAGUCAAUCCUUGACGUCAUAAAAAAUUAAAGUUUUGUUUGGUAGAUUAGUUACUGCAGAUGACGAGGCAAGGAUAAUUUAAGAUAAAGAGGAGUACAUCACAACUGCCACCCAUUUGGGGGGACACCAGCGUUUGUGUCUGUUGACUGUUUCAGGUCCAAAAAUACCCUAAAACUAGGAAAGUUUUUAAAAUUUUGGAAAGUGACAGCUAACAUAAGGUCUUGAAAAACUUCAAAAGGUCAUGGAAAAAGUCAUUGAAAGUCAUGGAAUUUGAAGAGCUCAAAAAAGUAUGAACCCUGUCUGAUUAAUCACCUCUUUCAAACAAUAGGACCAUUUGCCGACUAUUAACAUAUUAAUCUUAACUGAAACUCUCUUUUUUAGACUUGAUGCUUCCUGGUGUUGUGGUACCAACUGAAGGGGUGUCAGCUUUGGGGUGCUUUGAAAAGGGUGCAAUCUGCUGUGUGUGCCUCAAUGGAAACAGGUAGGGCUGUCUUUCUGUAAAGUGCAUCUUCAGUACUGCCUCUAUUAAAGUGUGAUUGCGGUUUUGUUUAUUUCUUAUUUUAUGUUGAGGAUAUGAUCAGAAAUUUGGCAGCAUUAAUUGUCAGAGUGCAGGUUGGGUUGUUAUGAUUUCUGUGUUCCAUAUAGCCUUUCUUCUAAACAAUAUGCAUGCUGCAUAAAGUUAAAUGUCGUUUCCAUAUAAUACAUUUACAUUGCAAAAAAAAAUUAAUAAAAAAUGCAUUGACCAAAUUUUUUAAUGUGUCACAUUUUUAAAAGUAUAUAAAGAAUUUCAACCUAUGUUUCCAGCAACAGUGAUAAACAACCUAAGUUGAUCAAAUAAGCACAGGUGCUAUUAGUAUUACUACAAGAAUUAAUAAAUCACUGUUCCACUAUUACUGUUCUACCAUGACUGUUCCACCAUUACUGUUCCACCAUGACUGUUCCACUAUUACUGUUCCACCAUGACUGUUCCACUAUUACUGUUCCACCAUGACUGUUCCACCAUUACUGUUCCACCAUGACUGUUCCACUAUUACUGUUCCACCAUGACUGUUCCACCAUGACUGUUCCACCAUGACUGUUCCACUAUUACUGUUCCACCAUGACUGUUCCACCAUGACUGUUCCACCAUGACUGUUCCACUAUUACUGUUCCACCAUGACUGUUCCACUAUUACUGUUCCACCAUGACUGUUCCACCAUGACUGUUCCACUAUUACUGUUCCACCAUGACUGUUCCACCAUGACUGUUCCACCAUAACUGUUCCACUAUUACUGUUCCACCAUGACUGUUCCACCAUGACUGUUCCAUUAUUACUGUUCCACCAUGACUGUUCCACCAUAACUGUUCCACUAUUACUGUUCCACCAUGACUGUUCCACCAUAACUGUUCCACUAUUACUGUUCCACCAUGACUGUUCCACCAUAACUGUUCCACUAUAACUGUUCCACCAUGACUGUUCCACUAUUACUGUUCCACCAUGACUGUUCCACUAUUACUGUUCCACCAUGACUGUUCCACCAUGACUGUUCCACCAUGACUGUUCCACCAUUACUGUUCCACCAUGACUAUUCCACUAUUACUGUUCCACCAUGACUGUUCCACUAUUACUGUUCCACCAUGACUGUUCCACUAUUACUGUUCCACCAUUACUGUUCCACCAUGAUCGUUCCACUAUUACUCUUCCACCAUAACUGUUCCACCAUUACUGUUCCACUAUUACUGUUCCACUAUCACUGUUCCACCAUGACAGUUCCACUAUUACUUUUUAACCAUGACUGUUCCACCAUGACUGUUCCCCCAUAACUGUUCCCCCAUGACUGUUCCACCAUAACUGUUCCACCAUAACUGUUCCACCAUGACUGUUCCACUAUUACUGUUCCACCAUAACUGUUCCAGCAUUACUGUUGCACUAUUACUGUUCCACCAUAACUGUUCCACCAUGACUGUUCCACUAUUACUGUUCCGACAUGACUGUUCCACUAUUACUGUUCCACCAUGACUGUUCCACCUGACUGUUCCACUAUUACUGUUCCACCAUGACUGUUCCACCAUGACAGUUUCACCAUGACUGUUUCACCAUAACUUUUCCGGUAGUUUCGAAAACGAAGCACUCGAAAACGAAGACCGAAGCACGAAGCACCCAAAACUCGAAAACGAAGCACCCAAAUCUCGAAAACGAAGCACCCUAUCUCGAAAACGAAGCACCCUAUCUCGAAAACGAAGCACCCAAAAACUCGAAACGGGUCUGUCCUUUAUAAACACUAGUCCAAUGCUAAUACAGCAGGAAUCAAGCACGAUAACGAGUUCUCCUGUUCCCCACCAUAGAGCCUGGUCCCAGGCUGUUAUCCUAGAACAAAUUCUGCCUUGAUCUGAUCUGAUCUGAACACGCAGUGUCAUAGAUAUCCAAUAUGUUAGACUGCAAAACAAUCGGUUUUUUUCUCAAAAUCAGUAAAGAAGUUGGUAAACGUGGCGAAGAAAAUGUCUGCGCGAGCCUCACACUCCGUUUUCAGCCUCGUUUCAGACCUUUUUGUGUUACUGCUCACGCGUGCACUUGAAUAUGCCAAAAUCUGCUGACGGACAGUUUUGAAGUCUACAUAAACAUGUAUGUGUACCGAAAAAAUGCAUAUUAAGGUAAGAUGUAUCAAGUAUAGCGAGACUAAUAUUAAAAUUAAUACAGGAUAUCCUAUCUAGAAACGUUCAGUGAAACAGUUUGGUUAUAAAACCUUGGGAUGGAUUUUGUGGACCUUUGAUCAUGAAGGUGCGGACGCAUCCGCUGCCUCCACCUGAUUCGGAUUGCGUCAUGUAAGACGUAAAGUUGCACUUAUUAAACCUACAGUGGUUUCGAGUUUUCGUUUUCGAGAUUUAGGGGUCUUCGUUUUCGAGUUUUGAGUGCUUCGUUUUCGAGAUUUUGGGGUCUUCGUUUUCGAGAUAGGGUGCUUCGUUUUCGAGUUUUGGGUGCUUCGUUUUCGAGAUUUGGGUGCUUCGUUUUCGAGUUUUGGGUGCUUCGUGCUUCGGUCUUCGUUUUCGAGUGCUUCGUUUUCGAAACUACCUAACUUUUCCCCUAUGACCGAUCCACUAUUACUGUUCCACCAUGACUGUUCCACCAUGACUGUUCCACCACUACUUUUCCACCAUGACUGUUCCACCAUAACUGUUCCACCAUAACUGUUCCACCAUGACUGUUCCACUAUUACGGUUCCACCAUAACUGUUCCACCAUUACUGUUGCAUAUUAUUGUUCCACGAUGUUCCACUAUUACUGUUCCACCAUGACUGUUCCACUAUUACUGUUCCACCAUAACUGUUCCACCAUGACUGUUAAACUAUUACUGUUCCACCAUCACUGUUCCACCAUGACUGUUCCACCGUAACUGUUCCACCAUGACUGUUCCACCAUGACAGUUCCACUAUUACUGUUUAACCAUGACUGUUCCACUAUUACUGUUCCCUCAUAACUGUUCCCCCAUGACUGUUCCACCACAACUGGUCCAUAAUGACUUUUCCACCAUGACUUUUCCACUAAAACUAUUCCACCAUGACUGUUCCACCAUAACUGUUCCACCAUGACUAUUCCACUAUUUUUACUGUUCCACCAUGACUGUUCCACCAUGACUGUUUCACCAUGACUGUUCCACCAUGACUGUUUCAUUAUUACUGUUCCACCCAGACUGUUCCACCAUAACUGUUUCACCAUGACUGUUCCACUAUUACUGUUCCACCAUGACUGUUCCACUAUUACUGCCCCACCAUGACUGUUCCACUAUUACUGUUCCACCAUGACUGUUCCACCAUUACUGUUCCACCAUGAUCGUUCCACUAUUACUCUUCCACCAUAACUGUUCCACCAUUACUGUUCCACUAUUACUGUUCCACCAUCACUGUUCCACCAUGACUGUUCCACCAUAACUGUUACACCAUAACUGUUCCACCAUGACUGUUCCACCAUGAGAGUUCCAUAAUGACUGUUCCGCCAUGACUGUUCCACUAUUACUGUUCCACCAUCAGUGUUCCACUAUGACUGUUCCACCAUGACUGUUCCACUAUUACUGUUCCACCAUGACUUUUCCACUAUUACUGUUCCACUAUUACUGUUCCACCAUAACUGUUCCACCAUGACUGUUAAACUAUUACUGUUCCACCAUCACUGUUCCACUAUUACUGUUCCACUAUUACUGUUCCACCAUAACUGUUCCACGAUGACUGUUAAACUAUUACUGUUCCACCAUCACUGUUCCACCAUGACUGUUCCACCGUAACUGUUCCACCAUCAGUGUUCCACCAUGACUAUUCCACUAUUACUGUUCCACCAUGACUGUUCCACCAUGACUGUUCCAUUAUUACUGUUCCACUCAGACUGUUCCGCCAUAACUGUUCCACCAUGACUGUUCCACCAUGACUGUUCCACUAUUACUGUUCCACCAUGACUUUUCCACUAUUACUGUUCCACUAUUACUGUUCCACCAUAACUGUUCCACCAUGACUGUUAAACUAUUACUGUUCCACCAUCACUGUUCCACUAUUACUGUUCCACUAUUACUGUUCCACCAUAACUGUUCCACCAUGACUGUUAAACUAUUACUGUUCCACCAUCACUGUUCCACCAUGACUGUUCCACCGUAACUGUUCCACCAUGACUGUUCCACCAUGACAGUUCCACUAUUACUGUUUAACCAUGACUGUUCCACUAUUACUGUUCCCUCAUAACUGUUCCCCCAUGACUGUUCCACCACAACUGGUCCAUAAUGACUUUUCCACCAUGACUUUUCCACUAAAACUAUUCCACCAUGACUGUUCCACCAUAACUGUUCCACCAUGACUAUUCCACUAUUACUGUUCCACCAUGACUGUUCCACCAUGACUGUUUCACCAUGACUGUUCCACCAUGACUGUUUCAUUAUUACUGUUCCACCCAGACUGUUCCACCAUAACUGUUUCACCAUGACUGUUCCACUAUUACUGUUCCACCAUGACUGUUCCACUAUUACUGCCCCACCAUGACUGUUCCACUAUUACUGUUCCACCAUGACUGUUCCACCAUUACUGUUCCACGAUGACUGUUAAACUAUUACUGUUCCACCAUAACUGUUCCACCAUUACUGUUCCACUAUCACUGUUCCACCAUCACUGUUCCACCAUGACUGUUCCACCAUAACUGUUACACCAUAACUGUUCCACCAUGACUGUUCCACCAUGAGAGUUCCAUAAUGACUGUUCCGCCAUGACUGUUCCACUAUUACUGUUCCACCAUCAGUGUUCCACUAUGACUGUUCCACCAUGACUGUUCCACCAUUAUUGUUCCACCAUGACUAUUCCACUAUGACUGUUCCACCAUGACUGUUCCACUAUUACUGUUCCACCAUAACUGUUCCACCAUGACUGUUCCACUAUUACUGUUCCGCGAUAACUGUUCCACCAUUACUGUUGCACUAUUACUGUUCCACUAUCACUGUUCCACCUUGACUGUUCCACCAUGACUGUUCCACCAUCAGUGUUCCACCAUGACUAUUCCACCAUGACUGUUCCACCAUGACUGUUCCACCAUGACUGUUCCACCAUGACUGUUCCAUUAUUACUGUUCCACCCAGACUGUUGCACCAUAACUGUUCCACCAUGACUGUUCCACUAUUACCGUUCCACUAUUACUGUUCCACCAUAACUGUUCCACUAUUACUGCCCCACCAUGACUCUUCCACUAUUAUUGUUCCACCAUGACUGUUAAACUAUUACUGUUCCACCAUGACUGUUCCACCAUUACUGUUCCACCAUGAUCGUUCCACUAUUACUGUUCCACUAUUACUGUUCCACCAUCACUGUUCCACCAUAACUGUUCCACCAUGACUGUUCCACCAUGACAGUUCCACUAUUACUUUUUAACCAUGACUGUUCCACCAUGACUGUUCCCCCAUAACUGUUCCCCCAUGACUGUUUCACCAUAACUGUUCCCCCAUAACUGUUCCACCAUAACUGUUCCAUAAUGACUGUUCCACCAUAACUUUUCCACCAUGAACUGUUCCAUCAUGACUGUUCCACUAUUACCUUUCCAUGAUGACUUUUCUACCAUGACUGUUCCACUGUCACUGUUGUACCAUUACUGUUCCAUCAUUACCUUCCCACCUUUACUGUUCUAUCAUUACUGUUCCUUUCUUCCAUCAUCACUGUUGCACCAUUAUUGUUGCACCAUUACUGUUCCAUUAUCACUUUUUCACCAUGAUCGCUCCACCAUGACUGUUCCUGAAUCACUGUUCCUCAAUCAAUGUUCCAUCUUUUCUUUUCCAAAGGGGAGGGGAGAGAAGGAAACGUGGACAAGCGUUUCCUCUUUCCCCUUCCCCUCUUUUUUUUUUAUUAUUUAUUUUUCUUUUGCUUUAACUGUCUUACAGUAACUUGGUAGGAAACUCUCGUUACGCCGGCUAUAAAUGAUCCUGAGAGCUCUUUUAUUGUUAUUUAUAGAGCUCCUGUGGCUGUCGGAGUGACGUUAGUUUCUAGUCGCGAUUUACUUGAAGAUGGAAUGCGAGGAAAAGGAGUAAUGAUCUACCAUGUUUAUCAGGAUCUUUUAUGGUUUGUAAGCAUAUGAUUUUCCAACAUUUAGCAUGCGGUGGUUACUGUAGGGUGCAUGUGAUGUGGAUGUUUAUCCACUAAGAAACCCCUCAAGUAGGGUUUAGGCAAAUCGCAUUCAGAAAUUCACUUGUAAGCAGGUUGUUGAAUCAAAUCGCCGUUACUGUAUACUCAGGAGUUGAAAGCGCACGUAAAAUCACAGCGAAAAAUGCAAAAUCACCUUUUUAAGCCACCCUUUUUAUUCUCAGCUCUGAGUUUGUUAGAAUCAGGGGCAUACCUAUGACUUUUUUAUAGAGGGGGGUUACACUAUAACACGCUCAGGGUACGUACCAGAUUGGUAUGUCAACAUCCACGCCAUGCUGCGGAAAAGAUCGAAUAAUGUUGUCUAUAUAAACCAAUGGGUAACUGCUUUAAACUUCAUAAUUUUAGUUACGAGCAGCCUCACUAUGGUCCACUGCAGUUUUUUUGCUAUUGCAAAUGGAGUAUGUACACUUUAACAAUGGAAGAUAUUUAAUUGUUGCAUGUUGAUUCUUCCGGUUUCGCGCAUUUUUAUGCACCUUAAUUAUGAUGCAAUUAUCUCAGAAAGGGGGAGAUUACGGGCACUUCACAUUGCCCCUUGCUUUGCCCCUGCCCCUACCAUCUGAAUCAUAUAGGGGCUUUUCGUAGAGCGUAUUUGACAUAUUCUAAUAGUCUACAUGUAGACAAAUGAGUCAAGUUUAUUUCAUUUUUUCUCGAAGGGCUCACGGCAGCAAACGUCCGCUACCUCAGUUGACAGUUUUAGUUGACGAAGUUAAAACUGAUGACGUGAAGAAUUCAUUGCAAGAACUUUCAUUUGAUGACGCUGAAAGGACAGAACAUAACAAAAGUAGAGGUAAAACUUUUAGACAGAUCCACUCACUGGAAUUCAAAUGUUUUUCGCACUCGCUGUAUCAAACUCAUAAACCCUUUUAAUUGUCACAAAACACGUAUACUGAGUUUAAAGUGACUGCCCAGCCCAAACGUUUCGUCGACAUAUUAUGUAGGUAUCCCGUAAACGUAGAAUUUGGUAUUAAUUGCUUCUGUUGUUGUGUUGACUGGGAAUUUACAGAGGAUGCUUAUAUUUAUGGCUCCACGGACACUGAAGGUGGCUUCAUUGGUGACGAUGUUGAGAAUAAUGAGGCAAAUGCUUCAAAUGUGGCAGGUGACGAAAAUGAACAGACACUCUCUGAAGAAGCCAGUUAUUUGGAUGUAGAAGAAGAGGCAACUGACACACCGAACUCGCUGUUAGGUGAACUAUGAUUUCUUUCAAUUUUUCGUCAACAAACGUUUACCAUUUCAGGAGUUUGCACUUUUCUGAACACAAACUUUACACAGCACAUUUCAUUUUACCAUCAUACAAGAGCUAUUCGAUCUUUGUUUACUACAAUGUUUACACUACUCACAUUUCAAUUCAUUCAUAUUUUGUUUAGUCAAUUGUGACGGAAGCAGUGUUUAUUCAAGUUGGCGGAGGCUGUGUAAGUUUAACGAGUUACGUGCUGUUGUGGAGUUUUUCUUCGUGGAAACUACGUUCAUUUUUGGAAUAAAUCUUCUUCUUGCUGUUCCGACAACCCUGCAUUCAGUUUAGUUUGCAAGCUACCCGUCCUCUUGCAUUUAACCCAUCUUUUUGUUGUUUGUCUCCAUUUCAUCUAUUCUUAUGCCGGCUCUUUUAAGGCCAUGUUGCUUGUUGGAAUUUUACCUCAACAGGACUGAUCGUUUUCAUGGUUUUACUCUUUCACUAUUUGUAGAUAACAUGGAUGAUCUCCUCGAGUAUUGCUUCUUUUGUGCAUUGUUAAGGAUGAAGAAAGUGGAACUUCCGUUAUUGACUAGUACAUUUUUUCGAACCUACCUCCUCCCUUCUUGGUAA